CCAUCGGGAUGCCGUCUAAAUCAGGAGACUCGCCGUUGUCGGUUGUGAAAUGGCGACGAUUUUACUGGGGAUUCCGCCAAGUGGGGAAAGAUCGAUGCACCUGGGCGAAUCACGAGAUUGCAGUCUUUCCGUACUAUAUAUACUGGCCCCUCUCCAAGUUUUAACUGAUCUAUCCUACCUUCUCCGCUCGUAAACGAUCUUUCAAAUAUCACCAUGGUUAAAGCUGUUGUACUCGGAGCCGCAGGCGGAAUUGGCCAGCCUCUGUCUUUGCUUCUCAAGACAAACCCGCUCGUCACUGAGUUGGCAUUGUACGAUAUCGUAAACACUCCCGGAGUGGCCGCCGAUCUGUCCCAUAUCGCUACCCCUGCGAAAGUGGAAGGGUUCCUUCCCCCAGAUGAUGGUCUCAAGAAGGCAUUGAAGGGCGCAGACGUUGUAGUCAUUCCUGCCGGAGUACCUCGCAAGCCCGGUAUGACGCGAGAUGACUUGUUCAAGAUCAACGCAGGAAUUGUACGCGACUUGGCUACGGGAAUUGCUACCACUGCUCCUAAGGCGUUCGUUCUUGUCAUCUCCAACCCAGUCAACUCAACCGUUCCUAUCGUUGCGGAGGUCUUCAAGAAGCACGGCGUGUUUGACCCUAAGCGAAUCUUCGGUGUCACCACUUUGGACGUUGUACGAUCCUCCACAUUCGUGUCUGAGAUCCUUGGCGAUCUCUCGCUUGCACCAUCCGUGACUGUCCCAGUUGUCGGCGGACAUAGCGGCGUUACUAUCAUCCCUCUUCUUUCCCAAUCUUCUCACCCCCUGCCAUCGAACCUCUCCCAAGACAAAUUCGAAGCUCUCGUCAAGCGCAUUCAAUUUGGUGGUGACGAGGUCGUCAAGGCUAAGGAUGGUGCUGGCUCCGCUACCUUGUCCAUGGCUUAUGCUGGUGCCGAGUUCACUGCGAAGAUUCUCAGGGCUGUGAAGGGCGAGAAGGGAAUCGUCGCGCCCACCUUCGUGAACCUGUCUGCAGACAAGACUAGCGGUGACGCGCUCAAGAAGGAGAUUGGUAAGGAUCUAGAGUACUUCUCUGCUCCCGUGGAACUUGGCCCCGAGGGUGUCGUUACUAUUCGCCCUCUCGGCAAGCUCUCGGAUUACGAGAAGAAACUGGUUGAGGCCGCUAUCCCUGAACUGGAGACUAACAUUGAGAAGGGUGUGUCGUUCAUCGGAUCAUCGAAGUUGUAAUUACAUAGAGCCUUCAGGGAAAUGCAAUGCAGAAAGAUGUAUCAAUGGUUGUAACGUAUUGACGCUUAUAGCUAGUCGUGCUAUAUAUUCGAAUUUGUAGUGCCAGUGUCGU